GGGGAGAGAGAGACAGAGAGAGAGAGAGAGAGAGAGAGAGAGAGGAGAGGACAGGCUGCAGUUGGGAGCCUCCUCCAGUGAUCACACACCUCCUCACAUGACAGCAGCACCUCCUCGCUCUGCAAGAUGACUUCGUUCAGCACGCGAGCGUUGACGCUGCUGUCAUCCAUAUUUGGAGCAUGCGGGCUGCUGCUGGUGGGCGUGGCCGUGUCCACAGACUACUGGCUGCUGAUGGAGGAGGGUGUGGUCCUGCAGCAGAACCAGACCACCGAGGUCAAGAUGGCGCUGAACUCGGGCCUGUGGCGUGUCUGCUUUGUGGCGGGACCCGAGAAGGGCCGCUGUGUGGCGUCUGAGUACUUCAGUGAGCCUGAGAUAGAGAUCACCACAGAGAACACGGCCAACAUUCUCAAAAUGGUGCGGACAGCCACGCCUUUCCCUGUGGUGUCGCUGCUCUUCGUCUUCAUCGCCUUCGUCAUCAGCAGCAUCGGACACAUCCGGCCUCAGCGGACAAUCCUGGCCUUUGUCUCCGGAAUAUUCUUCAUCCUAUCUGGUCUGAGCCUGGUGGUUGGCCUGGUCUUGUACAUUUCCAGCAUCAAUGAUGAAGUGAUGAAUCGACCCAGGGAGGCCGAACAGUUCUUCCACUAUCGCUACGGCUGGUCCUUUGCCCUCGCCGCCUCCUCCUUCCUGCUCAAAGAGGGUGCAGGCGUGAUGUCGGUGUACCUCUUCAUGAAGCGCUAUGCGGAGGAGGAGAGCUACAGGCCGCACCCCGCCCUCUACCGCCCCCGCAUGUCUGACUGCAGCGACUACAGCGGUCAGUUCCUCCACCCCGACUCAUGGCCGCCGCCUCAGCGUGGUCGCAGCCCGUCCGACGUCUCCUCGGACAUUUCCAUCCAGCUAAACCAAGCCACGCCCUCUCGGGCCCAGGCCGCCCGGGCCAUGUUCUCCUCCUCCUCGGGGCCCUCGUCUUCUGCCAGCUACCACUUCCAGCCCGCCACUUCCUACCCGCACCCUUUCCAUCAGUCCGCCACAUCCACCAUGCCGCGGGCGUCCCACCCCCCUAUGGGCUACCACCUGCCCCAGUCCCUGCCUAUGGCGGCGCCGCCCGCCGCUGUUCUUCCGCCACGUUACCACACACAUAUGCGGCUUAGCGCCUCGCCAUGCUAGUCUGCGUGGGAGAGGCAGCGUGCACGCACACACACACACACACACACACACACACACACACACACACACACACACACACACACACACACACACACACACACACACACACACACACACACACACACACACACAUUGUUACACUCUGUCACUGCGUGGGAGGAGCAGAGCAAAACGAGGAAAUACAAGAGGGAGGGGCAGGUGGGCGGAGAGAUAGAUUACCGCCGCCGAGACGAAAACGUUCACAAGGAUGGACGCCUUCAUUAUUACACACUGGAGACAGGAAGUGGACUUUUCUCAUUCAGAACUUUCAUCAUCAUCAACCUCAUAAUAAACACAUUUUCAUCCUCACCCCGAUGAUCAUCACGUCUGCAUCCAGGCUUUACGAGGUGACUUCAGCAGGGACCCUAUUGAUGAGGCUGAAGUCAAAGGUCAAAUCAGGGAUUAUUACUUUGAAUGGACGACGCUGGAGCCAGCUGGGGUCAAAGGUCAUCCUGGCAGUAGCAAAACACACACUGGUAAAGAGGUGUAAGGUUUUUUUUUAUGUCUUUUACUUCAACAUGUUCUCUUCCGUCCAGUCGUGUGAGUGGGAGCUCAGAGGUCAUGUGUGCGUGGCUGUUAAUAAAGAGGCUGACAAAGAUCAUAUUAAUCAUAAUUACACGUGUUGUCGUCAUUGAAGCGCAUGUAGAAGGUGUAAAAAAUUAUACUUUUGGUUUUAGUCCCACAAUAAUGUGACAAAAUCUCCUCAUUAGCAGUAGAGAGAGUCAGCUCCAGCUCGUGGUGCCCAAGAUCAGACUUAAAUCCAGAGGAGACAGGGCCUUCUCUGUGGUCGGCCCUAAGCUCUGGAAUACUCUGCCCCUCCAUGUUCAAACCGCUCCCACAGUGGAGUGUUUUAAGUCUCAUCUUAGGACCCACUUUUAUUCUUUGGCUUUUAACACUACGUGAGUUGUGUGGUCCUCUGUCUUCUGUUGUCCUCUAUGUUUUUUUUUUUAAUAAAUGUUGAUUUCUAUUUACUGUUUUAAUUGGUUUUUCCCUUUAAAAUCGUUUUUAAUCAUAUUUAUUUUUAUAUUGUUUUUAUAUUGGUUUUAUAUUUAUUUAUUUUUUGUUUUUAUUCAGUCAUUGGUGGAGCUAAGGAUAAUAUUUGAACAUUGUUUUUAAUAUUGUUUUUAAUAUUGCUGUGCGGCACUUUGGAAACAUUUUUAUUGUUUAAAUGUGCUAUAUAAAUAAAGUGUAUUGGAUUGGAUUGGAUUAGAAGAAGACAUCUUUAGUGACAGUUGAUGUCUCAGUCAGCAGGGGGCAGUGUAGCAGAAGUCAUUUGAUUAAAGACAGGAAGUUGCACAGCUUGU